AUGAGUUUGGACACGCUGCUAGAAGCUGCUAAGUAUUUAGAAUCCUCGUCUAGGCUAACUUCUAAAGAUGAUUCGGCGAUCGCACGUGGUAUGAUCUAGUAGCCAUGUGCAAAUAUUCUCUUGGAGCUGUUAGCUGUUUUGAAGUUGUGUCGAAAUCACGAAAUUUGUUGCACCAAAAAUUAGCCUCGAUUUUUUUCGUCUUUCAGUUCAUCACUCUUCCUCGGUCCACACGGAAAGAAGACGUGCGAUUUCAGAAUGCGAGGCCUUUGAGAGGCGACGCAGACCUGGCGGGUAAGUUAUGUUGUCGUUCGUGGAAUUGAGAGACUAAGCGCGGUUGUUUGCUCUUGUCGGGCAGAGACUAACUUGUUCACGACAUCUGUUUUGUUGGACAGGGCAGGGACGAGAGAAACACACAACAAGCUAGAAAAGAACAGGUCAGCAUGACUAAUAAUCUUUUAGUAUCGAUUUUCAGUUAAGCAAGUCUCCUGAAAGAUAUGCGCACGCUAAGCAUGUCCUUGUUGAACAUGGCCGUUCUGUUAGCUUGUCCGCGCCUUCAACACAAAUUUUGAGUGCCUUGAAACUUUAGCUUUCAGUCUUUUAUUCUUCCCUUCGCGAAGAAAAUUCAAAAUUUAGUUGUUAGGGGUGCGAGGGUUUGUUAGACAUCGUGAUCUCGCUCGAGCUAAGAAAUUAUGUACAGAAAGUACGGAUAUAGGAUCGGGAGCUACGAUGGCUCGAGCGGUUGAACGGACGGUGAAUUCAUAAUUGCUUAUUUGUAUUUGCACUUUCAGACGCGCACACUUAAAAGAAUGCUUCGAUAUCCUGAAGAGAGAAGUUCCUUCCUUGGAGGACAAAAAAACUUCUAACUUGAACAUCUUGAGAAGUGCUCUGAAACACAUUCAGGUGAGCAUGAUUCUAUGUGUACGUAGAAGUUGACAGUGAAAAUACGGGAUUUGUGGAAAGUGUCGGGCCGGUCUUUAUUUUGGUUAAUUUGAAUAUGAAAAGCCAUUGUUUUGAAUGUGAACAAGUUCGGGCAUACCAACUCUAAGUUGAAGCUGGAUUUCGCAUGGGAUAAAUAUUCUGCCUUUGCUUCGAUUUUUUAACACACUUAAAUUUACCACUCGGAAAAGAUAGUUUCUAGCUAGCUAAGGACCAAAAAAUCUCUCGAACAUUGGUGUAUUUGUCUUUGAUCACCAAAAACUGCUUUCUCUGCAUGUUUAUGUGGGGGUAAGAUAUUCAUCACAAGGUCAACUUUACACCCACUCAAUUGAACCUUAAAUGGCAAAGGCGUCCUUGGACCAUGCUACUUUCUAAUAGAUUGCCACAUUUUCCUUUAGGGUAAAUAUCUGUCUUUUGUUGUGGUCAGCUUUUAAUUCCGGUCCUACGAGUGUCACGAGCUUGCUUUUUUCUGUUUUGAUUUUCACGGUCGAGUAGGUUUUGCGUGCCUUGUGACGCUCCCGUUUUCGAUGACUAAAAAGUUCUGUACAUUUUACUUUUGGUUAGAAAUGCUGAUUCAACAAACCGCAUUUGAUGCUCCAAGAGCCAUUUCAUAGCAUUUUACAUGGAAGCCAAUUAGAUUCGCGAUUUUGAAGUGGAUUUAACUUUUGGUGAUAGAAAGGCUGUUCCUUACGUCCUGUUAUUAAAUUCCUUCACAUUUGCUGUUUGUACAAGCCUGGGACAAGCUUAUAAAUGUAAUAACAAAAACUAGUACAUUUGUCUGUCUCAGGCUUGUACAAGGAGAGAAUUUUUCUUACAUAACAAAUAUUGUUUUUAUUAUCAUUCCUGGUGAUAAUGGCUGAUUUUGUUUACAUAAGCAUCACAUGCAUCACACUCUGGACUUUUUUUUCUAACUUCUGAAAGACACAUUAAUGGUUCAGUUUAAUUCCCUGGAUAAGGUUACUUUUGUUAUCUGGCUUGUCAUCAGCCACAUCACAUCUAAACAUGCCAUGAAGAAGAAUUAUCAACAAAUCACUGACCAGUAUUUUGAUGUUGUCAUGGUGUAAUUGGCAAGUAAAAUUGAUUGCUAUUGCAGUUAAUAAUUCUUAUAAAUGGUGUAUGUAUAUAUAUAUAAAGAGUAAAAAACCAAGGUGGUGCAAUUUGACCAAAAACAAGAUCCUAGGCUGUGUGCAAUUUUGUGACUACAUUAAGGCUAUAAUAUGAUACUAGUAAGUUCCAUUAGGAAAGAGAUGUGCUAGAGUAAAGCUUAUGCAGAAAUAAAAUUACAUUUAAUAUAAGCUUAGGUUGAAUAAGUUUUUACAAUAAGUUGCAGUUUAUUUCGAAUAUAAGAUUUUGAUUAUCUAAAUUGACAUAACAGAGUCAAAUAAUUAUUAUUGUCGGAAAUGCAACUGUGCAUGUAAUGCAACAUGACAAGUAGGUUAUCAAUGAAAUCUGAACUUUAAACCAAGAUGACUCAUUUAUUAUGCUUCACGUAUUCACUGAUUAUCUGACCUACAAUGGGGGACAAAAGAACUUGGGACUGUGUGAAAAUUCCCUUCCAAGUAAUUAUUGAUCUGUUAAAUGGGUUCAUCCCGUUGUCCCCCCCCCCCCUCCUCCACUCCCCCCACUCUCACCCACUCUCAUUUCCACCCAUGGUGCUGACAAUUCAACUUUGUUUGGGGUGGGUGGGGAGGGUCAUUAGUUUUACUAAUAUCACUGGAAACUGGUUCCAACACUUUUGACCACUGUUGUGCAUACUUUUGUAUCCAGUUGUUGCAAUUCUGACUUUUAUCGCAGCCUCAGUCUUAUUUCGGAGUCAUAGCAGCAAAAAUUCACAAAAAAAGUUUUCUGAGGGAGAAUAAUAUUAAUAAUAUUCCAUUAUUUACCCUUGGCAAACAUAACUUAAGGGUUUAGAAACCCAGCUGGCUGGGGGCAAACCAGGAACUAGUGUGAACAAAUCCAGCUAGCAGUCAGGGCGAGACUUGAACUCAGUGCCUCUGAAUUGCAAGUCCUGUGCUUUAAGGUUAAGAAGAGAGUACACAUUCAUCUAAGAAUAGCAAGUGUUAGUUACUAACCUAAGUAAAUUUCAGAUCAGAAAAUUCUGUUCAGGACUAUAUGAUUUAAUACAUAUGCUUCUUUCAGAACAAUGACUUAAAAAAUUGGGGAAGUCAAAGAAAUCUCCCAAAGAAAAUCAUUUUUUCAUUAUUAACGGUGUCUAUCAGUUUACAUACCUGCAGUGCCACUGUGAUUUUAAUAAGCUCAGUCUGAAGGCAUAUGGCUUUGGUGUCUUUCACUAGUAUGUGGUCUUGACUUGCAGUGUUGUUGUUGAAGUUAGAUAACAAACAGCCAAAGCAAGGGUGAAUUUGGUAUCAAGAAUGAGGUACGAAGAAAUGGAACAUAGGUUUUUAUGUGGGAAUUUUUCUGGAGAUGUAUUCUGCAUGGGGUUUUUGGACAAAGGAAACAGGACUGGCUUUAAGGACUUCUGUCUUUUCCACUGAAACAACCCUGGACAGUGUGUUUCACUUACUUGCCUACCAGAAUUUCCACAAACUAUUUUAUGAAUGGGAAACAAACAACUUCUCAAGGAGUGGAAAUUGAGACACAGACAGUUACAUGGGUGCCACCAGAAAAAAAAUUGAUCCGUUACAAUUAAGGUCAUGAAAGAAGGGAGAAGGAUUUAACCUGCAAGAGAGCAGACAUGACCUCUAUAGCUGCAAGUGAACGACUACACGGAUAACCUUAAAUGUAACAACAGAGAUAAAACUAUUAGACGAAUCAGCUUGAACAUAUACAUGAAGCCUUAUUUCAGAGUGAAGGUACAUCCUUAGUCGGCUGAUAUAACAGCAUACCACAUCAACCUGAUUGGUCCCAAUUGGUAAGAGUUCAUUCCAGGGUUUAUGUCACCAAUAGGGGAGACAUAGCCUGGGUGAGAACUUUGGUCGGAAGUCAGCACUUAUUUUUUUUGUGCACUGUUGUCAGGAACACACAAGUGACACACACCCUUUACUGAACACAUAACAUGUAAUUGGAACAUUAAGUGCCUCAUAGGGUCUGCUCCUGGACCAGCAAUAUUUAUGUUAAUGAUGCCAUCCCUUCUAAGUAAAUGGUGUUUUCUGUGGGAUCUUGUGCAGUGUUUGGCUACCUAGAUAAAGGAUGUCUACACAGUUGGAUUGAAGACAUGGAUCACCUAGCCUGCAGAUUUAGAAAAAAAACCAUCAGCUUGUUGCUAUGCUCAAGUUCUCCUAACAUUAAUGCAAGACAAGUCAACGCUAAUCUCCUCUAGGAAGAACAUCAAGGAAGUUCCAGUCAAUUUCCAUUUACCAGUAACUGGUCAUGAAAAACACAUAAACUAUCACUAUUGUCAGUUCUAUCCCUGGCCAGAGAUUGUAGCACGAUUUUGAAUUCUAGCUUUACUUACCUGUAUUAUCACUUUGCCGCAGCCUACUAUUGCCAAGCCUUGGGAGAGCAGAGCUGUCAUUAAGGUCGUCACACCUGUUACGGCUAAGCUCACUUGAUACAGGGCUAGUUGUUAUGGGUGAAUGUACAUUCACUAUGGCUGCUUUAAAACUUAAUGACAGCCUAAUGGAAGAGUACCAGUAAGGGAAAGUUCAUUUAAUAUGACAAGGGGUGGGGGGGAUGAAGAUAUUGAGGGUGGGCUCCAAAAAUUUUUAGACACCCAAAGGGGGGGCUCUGAAAAAAUUGUUGUGCUAGGAGGGGGGGCUCCGAAAAUUUGUAUACUUCAAAACCAACACAUGACAUCAUCAUACAGAUCGGAUGGUUUUCAACUCAACAAUUUAAUGACCUGUGCAACUCAGCUAUAUCACAUGGUUUACAGAUAUAACAAAUGUAGUCUCAGUAAUUAUUACACUCUUGUUCAUCCCAAAAAUGCGUAUGAAAAUUGUAUCACAACUGUAUCUCAAGUUUGUCAUAGUAUAAACCAUUGAAGACAAUAACGGUAAAUAUAUUUAAUACAGUCUAGCGAUCUUUUUUCAGGGGAGCAAAGGAAUUGAAGGAGGAGGGGGGGGCUCUGAAAUUUUUUCGACUACCAAGGAGGGGGCUCCUAAAAAAUUGAACCGCUAGUGAGGGGGGCUGCUAAAAUUUCAAGCUUCGAGUUUCAAUAUCUUCAUCCCCCCCUUGUCAUAUUAAAUGAACUUUCCCUAAUCAAGUAAAACCCAUGUUGGGUUAAUGCUUCAGUUUUUGGCAGGAUGUAUUUUUUUUCUGUAUUUCUUCAAACAUGAAUUGAUGAACAAGAACUUUACCAAAUUACAAAACAUUCCAAAUUUUGUGGCACAGAAUUGUUAUUGUUGAUGACUCUAAGACCUGAGAUCAAAUAACAUUAGCCACUUUGACAUACAGGCCAACUCCUAUUGCCUGAGAUUUUUAUUCUGAGGAUGUUAGGUUUUUUCAUAUGGAACCCCAUUAUAUACAACCUUUCAAGAUGUCCACACUUUUUCUGAAAAGUUGUGAUGUUCUUGAAAAAAUGAGUUCUUCUUGUACAGACUUUCAUAAUCAGAGAUAUCGAGAAAAUACAAUAAUUUAUUGAAAUGGCCUAUUUUAGCAGCCGGGCCAAACCACUUGUGUGAAAAAGAUGGUGACAGAAAAUGAAAGGUGGAUGUGGCCUUAAGGAGCUACUGUCUAUCAAAGGUUAUGAUGCUGUCUGUUUUCUUUUUCAGGCGUUGAAAAAACGGGAACGUGACUUUGAAGCUGAGCGAGACCUUCUGAAGAUCAGCAAUAACACUAUCAAACAGAAGCUUCUGGUGCUUAGAAAGGAAAUAACCAUUCAGUUAGAAAUUGCACAGAAAUCUGCUCAAAAUGGUGUCAUUCCCAAGACAUGCCAGGUAGUAAGUGAAGCGAGUUCCACCAAGACUUCUGUAAAUUUGAAAAGUUCUGAAAUUCAAUGCUCGCCUAUUUCUGUGGCAACGCAGACAUCUUUCACUUCCGGUGAAGAGUCUGAUGUAGAUUGUUCAAGUGUCAAUGCCAUCAAGGUGGAAGGUGGCCAGGUUAAUGCUUUGUGCAAUGGUGCAGUGAAUGUUGGGCAUGAAAGCAAAGAUAAGGUUGCCAUUGAUGAUGAGGAUGAAGAUGUGGAUGUUGAGGGUGAAAUCACAGAUGAUAACACCGAAGAUGUGGAUGCAUUAAUCAAGGAUGAGAGGGUGAAGAAUGCCAAGAUGGUGAAUCCUGCAGAGCCUGUACUCCCAUCUGGCAGCAGGCCGAAGAGGAAGGCCGGAGCUGGCGAUGAUGGAAAUAAAUUAGAAGCUAAGAAGUCUAAUAUCCAGUGCUGUGCACGUGUCAGCUGUUAG